ACUACCGGGAUAAAGGACGCUCUGUCUUCGGUAGCAGCCUCAGUACUGCCGGUGAGAACUUGGCGAGGAACCUACAAGACAAGGAUUUCUGCUACGAGGCAACCGAGAAUGGCAAGCGGGAGGCUGGUAGUGAUGGUGGCGUUUCUACUGACGUGCAUCACCUAUACCGUCUACGGAGAAGAAGGUCUUGAGACUGACGACACUGCGAAGCGCCGCCCUCCGCCGCGCAUGGUACUGCAGAAAGAAGACAAGAGGCGACCGCCACCGAAAUCUGCCUACUAUCAGGCGACCGAGAAACAGCUUGCCGAUGCUUCUGCACCAAGAGACCAAGAACAUGUUUCACCUUAUACUGGAAUUGAAGAAUCAAUGGAAAAGAGAAGACCACCACCGAAAUCACUGUACAAAGUGGACGACGUGAAUAAACGCCGUCCUCCGCCGAGGUACCUCCUGUCGGACAUAGAGUCCCUGUACCCGGUGAAAAGACGCCCCCCUCCCCGGGCCCUGUACCGUGACGUCGGUGUGGAUAAGAGACGCCCCCCGCCCAGGAGCGUGUUCUUACGCUCAGGUCUCUACUCAAAUAGACCGCUAGAGGAGUUGGUGGCAGGAAGUGCGGAGGACGAAAUGAUGGACAGCCGGCCACCUAACUGGGUUUACGCUGACCAAUCAAGACGCCACACGGCACCACUACGGGACUCACCUUUCUUGACAUCCUACUACACGCCUGACGGUACUGAGGAUGAGGAGUUUCGCCCUCCUCCCUGGGUGUACGCCGAUAGAGCGAAGCGCCGCAUGCCUCCACCCUGGGUACUGCAGCAAGCAAGGAUGUUGGAAGCAGAAAUUGAAAGAGAAGAGGCCAGUCGUAACAAGUAUCAAGCAGAUGACACUGGCUGGGAGACUGUAGAUGACCAGAAUGUGGUUCGGCCUCCAGCUUGGGUGUACGCCGGAAGAGCCAGGAUGAACAAAGGAGGCUCGGACAAAACUAAACUGCUAGAACAGUAUGACGAGAACAAGUGGCGACUAGUUCCCGACUACUUCGGACCUGACCAAGACAUGGUUCGCUCCACCAAGAGUUGUGUUCCAAGUGGAGAAUACUGCACAAGUUGCGAUUGUAACUGCUGCAGUAGGCUUUGCUUGUGGCACCCGUCGGCCGGGCUGGUUUACAGUAAGUGCGUUUCUCCGGCCAUCUGCGAUCCAUCCUUUGCCGCCAUCUUGGCUAGCGGAAGCUUCGAAUGUCGCAAGCAGUAAGGAAAGAGGAUUCGGCAU